AUGUCAGGUCAAGACGAUUGGUCCUGCGAUGCGAAUGACGCCGUGCACAUCACCAUUGUGCAACCCGGUCAGGAAAAGCCCAAGACGCUUUCGGGCUUUCAUCCACAGUUUACCUACCCCAUUUUUGGCGAUGAAGAGCAGAUUUUUGGUUACAAGGGCUUGAUUAUCCGGUUGCGCUUCACAGCUCACGAUCUUCGCCCGCAUGUCCACAUUUCUUACGACGAGAAGUUCAAGGCGGUUGAGGAUGCAGAACCUUUGAACCUUUUGGAGACCAUCAAGCCUUGGGUUCCGGAAGAGGCAUUCAUCAACCUCCCCGAAUACGAGAAAGCCGUUCAAAAUGACGAAAGUGGAAAGGACUUUGUACCUCCCGGAAAGCGCGUACACAGCUAUGUCACUCGAGGAAGGACAUAUGAGAUCUGGGCUGGAUCGCUCGCUGAUCCAGAAGUGCGACGGUUGUUGGAUCGCGCGCAGAUCUUCGUGUCUUUAUUCAUCGAGGCCGGAACACCUCUAGAGACGGACGAUCCCGAGUGGACUCUGGAAAGAUGGAUGGUAUACUUUGUGUAUGAGAAGGUGACCCCUCCUACGCCAACUGCUUCGCAAUAUUCUAUCGUUGGAUAUGCGACGACAUACCGCUGGUGGCACUACAAGAGAGAUCAGUCAGAAGCGCCUGCCGUCAGCACCGACCCAUACCCACCAAAAGAAGUCAGGCCUGCAGAGCUGCCGUCCCGGCUGCGGAUUGCCCAGUUCUUGAUUCUCCCCCCUCAUCAAGGCUCUGGCCAUGGCACUCAUAUGUAUACUACCAUUCAUACCGCUUGCUUCGAUGACCCGACCAUCGUCGAGCUCACCGUCGAAGAUCCCAACGAAGCUUUCGACGCGCUUCGCGAUACAGCGGACUACCAUAUCCUGCAUCCUGAAUUCACGAAGCACAAAGUGAACAUCAACCCCGACCCUUACGAAGCACACUCCAAAAAGCAACGGCCACGCCUCGUUCCAACUGCCGACCUUAUCCCCGUCAAACUCCUCCAUGACAUCCGCAUGUCCUACAAAAUCGCACCUACACAGUUCGCUCACAUCUUGGAAAUGUUUCUCCUGAGCCAGAUUCCUGUCAAGAACCGACAGGCCGGUGGAGCCAACAUGUCGCGGCUGUUGAUCAAAAAGUACAAGACAGACGACCCUGACGAGCGUCGAUACUACUGGUGGCGCUUGCUUCUCAAGCAGCGCCUGUACAAGCGCUCUCGUGAUGUCCUGAUGCAACUAGAUCUAAGCGAGCGCAUCCAGAAACUCGAAGAGACUGUCACUAAUGUCGAGGAGGGCUACGAGGUUUUGCUGAAGGGAUUCAAAGAGCGCGAGGACACUCUGAAGGUUAAGGAAGAGGAAGCCGCGGAACUUUCUGAGGCGAAGUCUACUGCCAUCCUGGAUGAAGCCAACGAGAAUCCCAGCGGCACUCUCGGCAGAGACCAGCGUGUUAAGCGGAAAUUCACAGUGGAGGAUGACGAUGAGGGCGAAGAAGAAGGCGAGGGAGAUGCUGCUAAGCGGCCCAAAGUGUAG